AUGGCCGCCGCCCCAAUCCAACUCUCAUCAGUUCUCGAAUACUCUCUCCACAUCAUCAAUGGUUCCGUUGGCUGCAGAACCACGGGCGAGUGCAAUGGGUCCACACCUAAUCACGGCUUAUCCGAGUCCUUGAGCUUGACCGGCAAGCACGACUCGUAUGCUCUAACCAAAUCUACUGGUUCUGUUGCACAAGUGUGGCCAUACGUCGAGGCGUGUCUGGACGGGAAGGUCUUCGACCCAUCCUCGUUAGCGCUGGAAGAUCUGUCGACGCACGCCCGACGUGGCGCGUUCAAGCUGAAAGGCAAACCGCACCAGCUUCCCGUUGUUCAAGCAGAUUCUGGUGCAGAGGAUUGGGUCCAGACGCUUUGUCUGGAGUACCUCAAGCAUGUCAUGAUGCUCGCGCAGGCUGUCCUCGCUUCGCAGACACCAGCGCCAGAGCACGAGCUCAUCUUCGACACUUUUCAAGGGAUGGUCAAAACGGUUAACCAGCACCCUACAUCUGACAGUGACUUCCAGGCUCCAGAUGUCAUAGUAAAAGUCAAGCUUCAACCUGGAGCCAAUGACCAGCCGCAAGGGGCCCAGGUUGAGAUUUUCAGAGCAGAGAUAAAGGCCAUCACCACAGAGUGUCUCCGCAGCCUAUUAGAAUGGGUUGUCGCUGAGGGCGUACGUUUCGAUCCUUGUAAUGGACUGAGCCGUAAAGGUCCCAUUGCCAGCAUCCCAGCCGACCAACAUGAAACACUUUCGCGUAUGGUAGCUCAGGGAAAGCAAUACAGCGAGCAAACCACGUCUCCCGGGACAUGCCUACUAACAAACCUCUAUUCAUACGGAUACCUGUUCACCAGAGCGGAUCGUGGGGUAGCCCCAGUGUCCACCAACUUGCUCGAACAAGUGGCUUCACGACGAGACCCUGACAAACCCUUUGAACCCGACAUCCACGACCGCGGCAUGGAAUCUCACCAAAGGAUAUUCGAAACUCUCUUGGCCGUGUUUCUCCACGGUCUCUGCAGAGCAAGACCAGAGCUAUUCCUCGAUCCUGAUCUUCGCAGUCGCCUGGAUCAGAUAGCCCCAGAGCUGCAGGUACGUUCCAAGGGUGCCGCUACAGCCCCUUGGAAGUCGUUUGUGGCCGCCUACCACAAUUUCACUUCUCAUGUUGCCGUCAGGGCUAAGUACAUGGCUCUUCAACUUCUUCGAAAAGCUGGGCUUUUCUCCUCAGCAAUACGACAGGUGGCACAUUACUCUGUUGUAGAGAACCAGGGUCGACGCUACGGCACAUCAAUCCCGUCUGUAUUCUUCGACAAAAUAUUUUACGGGGCACAGGGGCAGGUGGCAGUUUCAAGGAAACUCGGAAUAGCAGUCAAGGAAGGUGGGAAGGCGAUCACACGCGAGAUUGAAAUGUACAAGAAGUUGCGAGGUGUCGAAGGUGUUCCGGAAUAUCUUUGGACACUGUCACAGGGCGCGUUGGACGCGCCAUCUGCAUUCGCAGUAACUUAUACAGGUGAAACCGCUUCGACGCUGGAGGAACUGGCGCCCCAUGUCAAGAAGAUACGCCGCAUCAUCCAGAGCAUUCACGACCGCGGGGUUCACCAUCACGAUCUCGUUCCCCGCAAUAUCACACUCGACGCCAGAGGAAGGGUUCACAUCAUCGAUUUUGGACUGGCUGUUUGGAGCUCGGAGUGCCUGUCUAAUGCUGAAGGGGACCUGUCUUCUCUAACAAAUGCACCUGUAUGCCCCGACAUCGAAUGGGUCUCGAGGUUGGAGAACUUGGCCAAUGAGCGCCACGCAAUCUCCUGGCCGCAAGAUAGGGUACUUUGA